AUAUGUCACCCUCACUUUCGCUUUACUUGGAUGGUUAUAAAUGCGGAAUUUGGAUAUAAUAGAACAUUAAUGAAUAACAAUAACUGUAACCUGUGAAGGGAUUGUUGAGUUAGUCAUAUGUGGAGAAACCAAGAAGCUAGAUUUAUCUAGAUUGGUUGAUAAUAAACAGCGUUAAAACAACUGACACAGAAUCAUGUCCUGUUUCAGUUUGACACGGGAUGGUCUUAAUAUAUGUACAUUGUAAAUAUCUUCUUGAUUUUUAAAGCCCGAAGUAAACAAUCGACUGAACUAGUAUAACGGUUUGUUAUCAAUAAUUGGUCAUAAUGCGAGUAGGCUGAAUAAAUAAACUAAUUGGGAUUGAAUAUAAAACUAUAGGUGAAACCAACGAGCAUCAAAUUGAACAACAACGAUGGAGAUGAACGGUUACAUUCGAGGCGAUGAAGCUUCUCACCCAAGGGAUUCAGGUUACACACCGGACCUAACCCCGAUGGAAACACCGGAGCUUGGUCCGGGCGAAUCGAAGUUUACGGAAAUAUCUACAGGAGACAUGGAUGUUGAACCAGACGGCUGGAAGAUCACUACACAGACCCCGGAUGAGACCGUGGGCUACCAGCCGGCGGGGAACAAUGGUAUUAAUGGAGAGGAUUACAGAGACAACCGCAAUAAAUACGGAUCGACUGUACAGUAUUACGGGACAGGUGAAGAUGCAGAGCUCUGUUGCUGGCUAUGUACCGGUUUACACCACCAAUGCUGUCACAGCUCAGAUCCAGACUCCGUGGGCUGUUGUUCAUGUGACCCGGGAUGCGGAUGUUGUGACGGCGAUGUCGGCUGCUGUCCCGGAGACGUGACCAGUGGAUGUGGACAGUGUCAUCUCUGUAAGGACUGUGGCAAUUGUGGGACAUGUGAUUGUUUGAGUGGUGCUUGUGAUGGUUGUGACUGUGGGGGAAUGGAUUGUGGCGGAUGUGACUGCGGAGGAUGUGACUGUAGUGGGGGAUGUGUGAUAUUAUGAUGGAGCUAGUGGAGACUGGUAGCGCUGGUAGCGCUGUGAUUGUGUUUUUUGGUUGUGUUUUCUGUGAUUCUCACUGUGAUAUAUUUUGGGCUGCGACUGCGGUGGGAAUGAUUGUAGUGAAAGAAGAUAGUGUAAACAGUAGAAUAUGUGAUGGACUGAGCUGUGGUUGAGAUUUUUUGUGAGUCUGACUGUAGGGAAAUGGAUUGUGGGGGAUACGAUUGCGGAGAGUGUGUUGUGUGGUAUUAUAUUUUAUUACAUAAUGUUAUAUACCUUAAUAUAAUGAUCACCUACUUUUCAGUAUUAUACAGGUGUAAUAUAACAAUAUCGGUCCGCAUGUUUGUGAGCAAUUUAAUUGGAAACAUUAAUUGCUCAUAUUAAAAUUGAUUCCAGCAAGUAAUACGUUAAUUUCUUAUUUUGUUUUUAUGAUAAAGAUUGAUCUAAAUUUAAAAGUUAAUUAGUUAAUUAUUAAAUUAUAAGAAGUGAGAUUUCCUUAUAAUUCCAUGAAAAACAUUCUUCAAACUAUCGUCGCUUAUUGUUUUUAAGCAGAAAAUGACAUCAUGAACAUAAUAAAAUAUUGAAAUAUUAUGAGAUCAUCUAACCGAGA